AACAUCGAUGUCGAACAGUGCGAAUUAUUCCUCGUCAUGAAUAACGAGAGACUACCGCUACUUUUCAAAGACUCUGCUAACUCGGAUCUGUCGCUUUUAUUCGCUACAUUGUGCGUUAUCGACAUUUUCGGCGUUUUUCCGAUCAUCGCAUUACCACGCUCGAUUGUGCAAUGCGGAUUGUACGGGAUUCCCUUAGUCCUUGUUGUAUUUGCUUUGCAAAUUUACACAGCCGUUCUUCUUGGAAAAUCAUGGACAAUUGCAACUACUUUGGAUCCACAGAUUUCACGAAAAAAUCGGCAUCCUCUUGCUGCAGUGACAGAAUUAACAUUGGGUCCUCGGGCUAGGACCUUGGUCACUAUAAUCCUGGAUCUUGCAGUAUUUGGUUGCAGUAUACCUAAUUUAUUGGUUGCUUCACAGAAUUUGCAGUUAUUUGGAUUGAAAGUAUCGAGCCAACGAUUUGAUUUAUCUUUUUGUUACUGGCUUUUAAUUGUGGGUCUUCUAUUAUGUCCAAUUAUGUGGCUGGGUAGUCCACGCGAUAUGAAGAUAUUGGCUUCAUUUUCUUCCACAAUGGUCAUACUAACAGCAGUAUUAAUCUGGUGGUGUAUAAUUACCGAUGACCGUGAACUGAAUACCACACCGAUACCCGCUUCUCCUACCUGGGAUAAAUUAAUUUCUGGAUACGGCAUGCUGGCAUUUCAAUUUGACGUUCAUCCGACCUUGAUGACAGUGCAAGUAGAUAUGCGUCGUCCACAGGAUAUCAAUAAAGCAGUUAUAAUUUCCUUCUUAGUUAGCGGUUCGUUAUUUGUCGUUACCACUAGCCUGGCCAUCUGGAAGUAUGGAGGCAGUACAGCAGCUAAUGUUCUUCAAAUGGUACCAGGAAAUAUCAUGAUGAGUGCUGCUAUUCUAUUUGCUGCUGUUCAACUUUGUUUAUCAAGUGCUCUUGGUCAUUCGGCUCUUUUUCAGGAUCUGGAAGAUCAAUGCAAUAUUCAGCGAACUUUCGGAUGGAAGAGAUGUGCCAUACGAUCAGCUGUUGUAUUCCUUGGAGUGGCUGUUGGGGAAUCUGUGCCAAGAUUUGAUAUUGUGAUGGCUCUAAUCGGAGGAUCCUUAACUGGUCCGUUAGUUUUUGUACUCCCUCCAUUAAUGUAUUCUAAAGCUAUUGCUUUAAAAAUAAGGUCUAUGCGACCUUUGACCCCUGAAAUAUAUUCAAAUUCUGAAAGACGUCGAGGCAACGAAGGUAUGUCAACCGAUCCGAGAAUUCAUUCAAGAUCAAUUUACUAUGGUGUUCUAGGCGUACCUAACGCUGAGUAUCAUCGAUAUUCGUAUUUUUAUUAUGACGAUUUGGAAGAAGAAUUUGAAGAAAUCGUAGAUUACGACGAUACUCUAAGCAGUGCAAAGACCAGCGAAGGGCUUUUAAUGACCAGAAGAAGUCAUGAUCAUGAACCGAUAUUUAUAGAUGCUAAUCGACCAUUUAAAGUUUGCAGAAGAACAACAGUUUCUGAAGAAUCAGUUCCAAAAGUAAAGAUGAAUUGCAAUUUUCGAAGAUGGAAUCAGUGGUUCAGUUAUUUAGUUGUAUUAUUUGGUAUCGUUGUUACAAUUUCUUCCACAUAUAUUAACGUUAAAAAUACUAUUCGUUACGUACAAUUCACACCGCCGUGCAUCGUGAACGUCACCGUAGUGCAAAAUUCUGUAUAAAUAAUAGUAUUUUGCAAAACGGUUUACGCAGUGUUUACAUUAUUCAUAAGAAUUAUAAAACUAAUUAUGACAUCUAAUCUUUUAUCUUUGUAUACAUAAACUUAAAAUGCGCGAAAUUUUUGUAAACAACUUUUUAUAAUAUUAAA